AUGCAUGUCAAGGCUGGCAGCAGGACCAAGGUGGGUGCGAUUCAGAACGUCAAGAGGUUUUCCUGGAACGGUGUGGUGGCUCCACGCAACGGGUCGGCCGCUGCGGCUGGACGUGCGCGCAAUGAGCGGGUAUGGAUAUCGAUAGUUCGCAGGGGCAGCCGGGGCACCGGGAUCCGUCAAGAGGAGCAGAAUCGAUCUCAGCGUCUAGCCCAGGGCAUCGCAAUAUCCUGCCGCCGCGUCGAAAUGGUUUCCAUCAACUCUUUCGGUCGCAUCAUGACCUAG